AUGUGCAGAAAUAUCAAUGUAAUUAUAGAGGGCGCUGAGACAGACAGAUCCACUCCUUGUCUUAAAAGGCCUCUGUACAGAUCUCAGCAUGUUCCUUUCACAAUGGAAGUCAAACUAACAGAAGCAGUGAUUUUCUCUCUCCUUCUUACUCUCCAGGUAUUUUCUGCAGAGAGGAACGAUGAGACUCCCACUUCCUGGCCAGAUCAAGGGGCAAUUCCCAUGGGAGACUACCUGGAGAAGGGGAGAGGAGAGGUGCACAGAUAUGACAGACAAGAGCAGCAUUCUGGGCAAUCUGAACAUGAUGUUAUUCACACACUGCUGAGCACAAACGAUGCAACUGAGAUAGACAUCAUCAACCGUGACGAGUUUCCAUGUAACGUCAUAUCAGUCAUGGACGACCUCCCAACCCCUCAGGUUCAGACUCAACCAACCCCGACCGCAGUUACCACCAGCAGCCCACACCUGGACAAUAACAAAAACAAGAGAAAGGCAAAGGGCGCUCCUCAACAUCAGGGUCUAGUUGUCCCAUACCUACCCAUCAGGCCUGGUGCCCCCAACAUAAAAGGCUUCCCUCCUGCACCACCAAUGUUCUUUGUCCCUCAGAGAGCUGCAGCACACCAUCCCCACCCCAUGAGCUGGUUUCCCAGAGGUUAUGGAAGUAUGCCCAACUACCUCAUGCCCCCCUCUGUAUUCUCAGCCUAUGUCCGGGCUUUGCAUCUAGGUUCAUCUGAAGAGAAUUCUCUGAGUGACUGA